GGAGGGAGAAAGGGAGGGGGCGAGGUAAAGCGGCUGGUGAUUGGCUGAUCCCGGUUGCCGGAGCCUGGAGCCUGCGUCUUUUGUCUGUCUUGCUCUGGCAGAGGAGCGGGAGACCCCUGCGCGCCCCAAGCGAGCCAAUCAGGAGAUACCCGGCGCCGGCCGGUGAAGCGGCGAUUGGUCAAAGCCCAGUUACUAAGCGGGACAAAGGCAGAGGGGGGGGAAAAAAAAGAGGAAAAAAAAAAAAAGAAAAGAAAAGAAAGAAAGCGCAAACGACGGUUACUGACAGGCUGGGCAAGUGAUCGGGUAUUCAAGCUGCCCAGAGACAGGCGGGGCUCCUGCCGAGGCUCGGUUCGGCCGGACAAGUGAGGCUGGGGAAGACAGACUGGCGAGACACACCUCUGCCUAGAGACUGGCCGCGGGGGAGGGGAGCGGAGGGGGAGGGGCGCUUGCUGCUACUUGGUGGAGCGCACGCUCGCCUGGUCCCUAGAAGGUCUCCAGGCAGAGUCCCUCCUUACAGACCUCUUCACCAUGCUAGGGCUGCCCUCUCCAUCCCGUGUGACAAAUUGUCAAAUAAAGCAGAGGUCGCCAAACCCUCUUUGAAGACUAUUCCCGCUCAGUGAAAGGUUGUGUUAAAGGGCCCUGCCACCGUCCCGGCCGUUACCUGAGCCGCUCUCAGCUUCUCUCAAGAGCAGGUGGAAUGAUGCUUGCUGAAAGAUUAACUCUAAUUUGAGGCUGGCUUCUCAACAGUCUCUACUUCACCGUAUAUGGGAGCCAGAAGUAUUCACAUUUGAUAAUUCAAAAAGCAGAACAGUCAGUCAAGGGGUGAACCCAGCAUCUAGUAAGAGACUUAAGUGAAGAAACAACAGUUUCACCGACUACUGUUCUUUCAAACUGACCAAAUCUACCUGAGGCUGUAAGAUCAAGCAUGAUAUGCUAUCUUGUGACUGAGCAACAGAGACCAAAGCAACAGAGAUGAUCCGUCAAGGACUGAAACCUAUAAAACUGUGAACAGUGGUGUACCAGUGCCAACCUGUCCCUCUGCCUGACCACUGAGUAGCACCUCCCGGGAGCCGUUCUGUCCUUUCUUGUGUCUCAGCAGAUCCCUCUCAGAACCUUGCUGCCAAGACCCUGCACAGGUGAUGACUUAAGAUAGGAGUAUCCUGUGAAGUGCUAUCAACCUGGAAACAGGUUUGAAGAGCUGGAAGGGCUAUGGAGAAGGAACCACCAUGGGAUGCUUCAGCUUCCUUAAAACUGUGACGAUUAUCUUCAAUACGCUCAUCUUUCUGUGUGGUGCAGCCCUGUUGGCUGUGGGAAUCUGGGUGUCAGUCGAUGGGCCAUCCUUUGUGAAGAUCUUUGGGCCGCUGUCGUCCAGUGCCAUGCAGUUUGUCAACGUGGGCUACUUCCUCAUCGCGGCUGGUGCUGUGCUCUUUGUUCUUGGUUUCCUGGGCUGCUACGGUGCUCUGUCUGAGAACAAGUGUGCACUCAUGAUGUUCUUCAUCAUCCUCCUCAUUAUCUUCAUUGCUGAGCUUGCAGCUGCUGUGGUUGCUUUGGUGUAUACCACCAUGGCUGAGGAAUUCCUGUCCAUGCUGGUUGUGCCUGCCAUCAAGAAAGACUAUGGUUCCAGUAAUGACUUCACCCAAGUGUGGAACUCCACCAUGGAAGGGCUCAAGUGCUGUGGCUUCAACAACUACACAGAUUUUGAGGACUCACCCUACUACUUCAAGGAAAAUCAAACCUUUCCUCCCUUCUGUUGUGUCAACAGCACAACGGAGGGAUCCUGUACCCCACCGAAGGCCCAGGACAGUAAAGUACAGGGUUGCUUCAAAGAGCUUCUAUCUAACAUCCGGACCAAUGCAGUCACCGUGGGUGGUGUAGCAGCGGGAAUUGCAGCCCUAGAGCUGGCUGCCAUGAUCGUAUCCUUGUAUCUAUACUGCAAUACGAAAUAGGUCUGCUUCUGCCUCUGCCACCACUGUGCCACAUGGGAACUGGGAAGAAGUACCAUGGCAUGAAGGAGCAGUGAUCAUCACGGGGAUGAGAUCUCAGUGUCACUUUGGCUGCAGUGGGCCUGGCCCUGUUGCUCUGUUCUUAGGGCUAAGUAGGGACCAACCCAUUCAGGCUGUGCCUGACUUUUCCCAUUGGUGGAUUUGAAGCCCACCUAUUCCAGAGCCUCUAAUGAAGUCAGUUCUGCCUAUCCUUCAGUCUUUUCCUUCAACCCUUGAUACCCCCCUAGGCCAAAAGGAGCUGUCGAUGAUCCCAGUAUUCUGCUGGGAAAUGAGAGAAGGAAACCUUAAAUCAUAAGCAUAUUCAAAACCAGCAGAGCCACGGGCAGAUCUAUACAUGGCACUUCAGAUCCUAUAAACCAAUAAAAAGUUUCUAUUUGG